AUGCCUGCCUCCGUAGAGCCUGCCGCCGCGGUAAAGACCGGCCUGAAGAGAAAGCGCAUCGCCGUCAGGAGUUCGGAGCAGUACGAGUUCGAGGAGACCUGUCGCCUCGGCGCGGGUGCCUUCGGCGCCGUCUUCAAGGCGCGCCACCGUGCCACGGGCCAGAUCGUCGCCGUGAAGUGCCACAGCGCAGCCGACGGCGACCUCACUAUGGUGUUCCGCGAGGCGCGCUUCCAUGAGGAGGCGUGCUGCGGCGGUGCCAACCCAUUCGCCGUCAGCUUCCACGGCGUUGUCCGCGACCCGGGCACCUGGAAGAGGUACCUCGUCAUGGAGUGCAUGGAGACCAGCCUCCACGAUCUUCUCCAUCAGCGCCCCCGCGGGAGCCCGCCGCUGCCCGAGGCCACCGUGCGCGCCGCCAUGUGGCAACUACUUACGGGCACCAAGAAGAUGCACGAAGCCUGCAUCAUCCACCGCGACAUAAAGCUACAGAACAUCCUUGUCGGCGAGGGUCAGAGCGUCGUCAAGAUUUGUGACUUUGGGCUCGCCAUGUCCACCGACGAGCGGCUCCCGUACGAGCCGGCCGGCACGCUCUGGUACCAGGCGCCCGAGAUGCUGCUGGGAAAGCCCGACUACGACACCAAGGUUGACGUCUGGUCGCUCGGCUGUGUCAUGGCGGAGCUCGUCAACAACGGCAGGCCUCUCUUCCAGGGAUCCCACGACGACGGGCAGCUCUGCGCGAUCUUCGAUGUGCUCGGCGUGCCUGACGACAGCACGUGGCCGUGGUUCUCGUCGACGCCAUUCGCCACCGAGGUGAUGCCGGAGCUGGACAUGCAGCGGAACAACCACCUGCGCGAUCUGUUCCCCGAGACGAAGCUGUCCACGGAAGGAUUCCAAGUGCUCAGUGGCCUGCUUACAUGCAACCCAAACAGGAGGCUGACGGCAGCCGCCGCGCUCAACCACCCAUGGUUCGCCAAGGUCGACGAUCUGGAGCUACCAAAGAAGAAAGAGAAGCUUGAGUCCAUGUUGCCCAAUCGACACAAACGACGGAGGUUGCGUGCUGUGUACGUGUGA